AUGUCUGACGCCGGAAGAAAACCAUUCACUGACAAGGUCUCCGAGACCGUUAAGCCUGACUCUGAGAAGUCUUACCUUGAGAAGGGCAAGGAGGCUGUUACCGACAAGGUUGACGAGUUUGCUGGCAAGAACGUCCCAGACUCCGAGAAGUCUUUCGGUCAGUCUGUUGCUGACCACGCUCACCAGGGUUCUGAGGACGCCAAGAAGGAGGUCAACCAGCAGUCUGGUUCUCUUUCUGAGACUGCUCAGGAGUACUACGAGACCGCUAAGGAGAAGGCUUCCGAGGCUGCCGAGUACGUCUCCAACGUUGUUCAGGGUGCCACCGAUGGUGCUCAGAACGCCGCUGACUCUGCUUCCAAGAAAUAA